AUGGGUAACCCUCUAGCACUCGUGCUUGCUGAUGUAUUUAUGACAAAAAUUGAAUCAAAAUUAAAUCGAUUCACUGCUAACAAAUCUAAAGUCUGGGUUAGAUACGUAGAUGACAUUUUCUACAUAUUUGAAAUUGAUCAUGUACACAUACUGUACGUAUUAAAUCGAAUUAACAAUUGGCAUGCAAACAUUAAAUUUACGUUGGAAAUGGAGAAAAAUGGAGAGCUACCCUUCUUGGAUGUGCUUAUCAUAAGAUCGAAAAAUAAAUAUGAAACAACCGUGUAUCGCAAGCCAACAAAUACCGAUUUAUACAUGCAAUUCGACAGUAACCAAUCGAGACAAUACAAAUUAGGUUUGAUAAAAACACUGACCAUUCGAAUCUUGAGAAUAUGUUCCACGAACGAACACCAGAAAAAAGAAAUCGAGCGAUUAAAAGAGGUGUUAGCGGACAAUGGAUAUCCAUCACACAUCAUACGCAAAGGAGUACGUGAAGGAGAGUUAAUAACAAAACGAUUAUCAAAACCAACACAAAAAUGGCACCUGUUUGAACAAUCUAUUUCACAAUGGUUUACUAUGGUCUUGAAUCGAUAA